AAAAGAAAGUGGUGUAAAAAAAUUAAAAACAAAUUUAAAAAUAACAAUUCAAAAUUAGUGUUAUCAUCCGACGCGAGAUGGCGUCCAUUUAAAUCGGUUGUAAAUGGUGGAAAAACGUGACGCGCUGCACAAAAUGCUCACGAUGUCAACAUUAAUGAUGCCAGCAGCUACUAUGACGACGAUGACGAACGCUGGUCCUAUCCCAGUGGCGGCCGCGACUAAACUGGAGCCGAAAUUACUGCAGCUGCCCCAUCCAGCUCUGAUGCAGCAAAUACCACAACAACAACAUCACCAUCAGCAUCCACAUGGCAACAACAAACUCGAACACUAUCAUAUCUUCGUUGGAGAUCUAAGUCCUGAGAUCGAGACGCAGAGUUUACGAGACGCUUUUGCACCUUUCGGGGAGAUAUCAGAUUGCCGAGUGGUCCGCGACCCGCAGACUCUCAAGUCAAAAGGCUACGGAUUCGUCUCGUUCUUAAAGAAAUCGGAGGCGGAAUCAGCGAUAACAGCUAUGAACGGACAAUGGCUGGGCUCGCGGUCUAUCCGCACGAACUGGGCAACAAGGAAACCGCCCGCGCCUAAAAGCGAACUGAACUCGAAGCCGCUGACCUUCGACGAAGUGUACAACCAGAGCUCGCCGACCAACUGCACGGUCUACUGCGGCGGUCUCACCACCGGGCUCACAGAAGACCUCAUGCAGAAGACAUUCCAGCCAUUCGGCACUAUACAAGAGAUCCGCGUCUUCAAAGAUAAAGGAUAUGCUUUCAUCAGAUUCUCAACUAAAGAGAGCGCCACUCACGCUAUAGUCGCUGUCCACAACACUGAUGUGAACGGUCAGCUCGUCAAGUGCUCCUGGGGCAAGGAAUCUGGAGACCCUAACAAUGCACAAGCACAAGGACAGCUGGGAGGUACAGCGUACAGUCCGUUCGGCGCGUACGCAGCCGGCGGUGUGCCCCCCGCUUCAUACUGGUACAACACGUACCCCCAACAGCUCGGAGGUUUCCUGCAGGGCGUGCAAGGGGUGCAGGGGGUGCAGGGCGUGCAGGGAUACUCCUACGCCGGGCAGUUUGCAGGAUAUCAGCAGCAGUACAUGGGAAUGGGCGGCGUGCAGCUGCCGUGGGCUCUGGGCGGUGGCGUGGGCGGCGUGGGCGGAGUGGGCGGUGUAGGCGGCGUGGGCGGCGUGGCUGCCAUGUCGCAGCCGCCGCAAGUCCUCCACUACCCGGUGCAGCACUUCCAGGUGCAACCAAUCGGCGAGGACGAGUGGCUGGCCCCGAGCCUGCUGGUGUGAGGGCAGCGGCCGCCGCCCGAGCCCGCCUGCUGCUGCCUCCACAAGGACUGGAUUUGAAGCCCUUCAUGUCCUGAUCUACUCUGUACCUCUUCUGUACCAACCUUUCUAUUCUUCUGUACCGACUUCUUGAUCCAAUUUCAUUCUUCAAUGCCUUCUUCUGGCUAUUGCCAAUUACUGUAGUAUUUCUGUUCUAGUCUUUUAAUGUGAUUUUUUUUAUUUUAAUCAAUGUAAUAUCGUAGUGGAAUAAUAACGAAGUUAGUCAGUAAUUUACAUUAUAGAGAUACAUUUUAAUGAAAUAAUCAUUAAAAUUUAAGUUGAAAUUUCAAAUCAUUAAAAAUUGUAACGUUGUUUUAUAAUUUGAAUAUUAUUUUUUGGUUGAAAUAGUGAAUUCAAUCGAUAAUGUUUAGUUCGUUUUAAUAGUUUUGUUUUUAUAAUUAUUUUUGGUAAAGGUACAAAUCUUUGGGCAAGCGGGUUUUGGAUACUGAGCGGAGAGAAAUAACCAAGUUGACCAGUCGGUCAAAACUCUUUACAAAAAGUAAAAUGUGAGUCAUUUAUUUGAAACAUUUAUUUCAACCGCUUGAAGAGCAUUGAAAUGCUAUUAUAAUUACCAAAAAAAAAUAACUUUUAGAAAAUAUAUAGUUCGAUUUAAGAUUAUUCAUAUAAGAUUAAGUUAAGAUUAGCAAAUGCUGAUAUUGGUUACGAGGAUUGAAAAUAAAGUGGGAAAGAAAUAUUGGAGAAAGAAACGGAAAGGUGAUAAGGAACCAAAAUCAUCUGUUAGCACAAGAGUUAGACUAAGGUUUAGUGGGAAAAUUGUAGAUUUUUGGAGACAUGUUUAGUAGGUGACGUUAGCGAGCGCAGGUUUCGGCGAGUGAGAUGUUUUAUAAGACAAUUUUAUAUCCGAAGAGAUUGCUAGGUACGAGUGUAAAUGAAUAGGAAUUAAAAAUAUUUAAAGAUUACAUACAAGUAAAUAACGCUAUACAAAGAACGAUUCUAGUCAUUUUUUUAGUUUCUCUCUAUCUAUUUUUUUGUUACUUUUUUUGUUCCGAAAGACAAUGCCAAAUUCAAAACCGUAAGAUAUUUAAAAAAAUAGAAAAUCAUGAAUCACUUAUUAACUAACUGUUAUAUUAAAAAAAAUGGUUGUGUCUAAAUGUUAAAGAACACUUAAAAAAUAAAAAUUCUUCGUGAAAAUA